AUGGUGUCCAUUGAUGUUUGUUGUUUGCAGUUUGAGCAAGCAUCUGAAUUGGCCAAGAACUUCUCCAAGAAGCCCAGCGACUCCGAGUUCCUGGAAUUCUACGGUCUCUUCAAGCAGGCCACGGUUGGUGAUGUGAACAUCGAUAAGCCCGGCGCACUUGAUCUGAAGAAGAAGGCCAUGUGGGAGGCGUGGAACUCGCACAAGGGUCUGUCCACGGAUGCCGCCAAGGAGGCUUACGUCAAGGUCUAUGAGAAGUACGCUCCCAAAUAUGCCUAA